AUGCCUCUCAAUCUCGUCCGACAAGGCGGAGGUAUCUUCCGGAACCUUCCAGUCAAUGGUGCCGUCGCGCGUCCAGUUCGUGUCGUUUCGUCGCAGCACCACGUCCGACGCAUCGCCUUCGUCGCACGUCGUUCCUCAAUCUCGAUCACCCGCAGCCUGCCCUGUAUUAGCUCGACAGUCAGUUAUCAAGUCCGAAGCUAUGCCUCUCCAGCGCGCUCUGUCAAAUCUGCUGGCAGCAAGUCUAUUGAGCCUACGGAACCCACCAAGGCCAAGAAGCCUGCGAAGGUAGCCAAGAAGCCUGCGAAGCAACCUGCAAAGAAGCCUGCGAAGAAGAAAGCUCCGAGCAGGAAGGGUCCCUUGACUGAGAAACAAAUUGAAGCGCGGGAAGAAAAGAAGAAGCGCGAGGAGCUCCGCCAGCUCAAAAAGAUCGCUUUGCAGCUGCCAAAGAAGCUGCCGCAAAACUACAUCGCGGUAGCUCUUCUGGAUAAGUAUCAUAUGGUUGACAAAUCCGACAAUCCCACUGCGAACGAGGCUUUCAGAAGGGCUCAUGAUAUUGUGCGAUCGAUCAGCCCUGAGGAGAAACAGCGGUACGCCGAUCAAGGCAAAGCCAACAAGGUUGCUAAUGAGGCUGCUUUGAAAGCGUUUGUGGAGAGUCACAGCCCUCUUCAGAUCCUGGAAGCCAACCGAGCUCGGCGCCGACUCGCAAGGCUCCGCACCCAGACCAAGUGCACUCUCAUUCAUGAUGAGCGGUUGGUUAAGCCCCCAAGGGCGUCUUGGAUUUUCUUCUUUACGGAGAAUCGCGACAAGAACGCAGACGUUUGGGACGCCAGCAAGGCUCUGAAAUCUGAGUGGAAGAACUUGUCGGAAUCGGAGAAAUCGAAAUACAAACGAUUGGCCAAAGAAGACCGGGCACGCUACGAGCGUGAACAUCUCGAGGUGUAUGGUUACCCAGCACGAAAACCAAGCAGGGCUCGGCAAUAG